UUUCUGCAAUUCACUGCUGCAUUUCUUCAACUCACCAUAACCGCGAAAUCGGAAGGGCGAAAAUCAACGGAGUAGAGAAAGGUCGUUGGUCGGACUUUCCGAUUCGUUUGUUUCUUCAUCUAUGUAGCUCCAGCUCUUGAAUUUGCUACUAGGAUUUCGAUCAGGUUUGCUGUCUUAUUCAAACGAGAUGGCAAAUCCACCGAAUGUUGAGCUGGAAGCUGCAAAGUUUUUGCAUAAGCUUAUUCAGGAGUCAACUGAUGAGCCUACAAAAUUGGCUACAAAACUCUAUGUGAUUUUGCAGCAUAUGAGAUCAAGUGGGAAGGAAAAUUCAAUGCCCUAUCAAGUCAUAUCAAGGGCUAUGGAGACAGUUGUCAAGCAAAACAAUCUUGAUAUUGAAGCUUUAAUGUCAUCACGGCUUCCUUCAAAUGCUGGAAUGCAAGUGGGAGAUUCCUCAUCAUCACAAUUAGCUGGGUCUUUGCAAAGGGCUGGGAUCACUAGGGACUCCAAAGCAGCUUUGUCUGGGGCUGAGAUUAUUAAACCAGAUGCAUUUUCUUCUAGCAGGCCACCUAGUGGGCAUGGUAUUUAUCAAGGAUCUGCAGCCAAUAUAAAUGCUUCAAAAAUUCAUGGAGUGUUGCCCAGUGCUUCUAAUUCAUCUCAGCCUGUAGAAUCAGGAAUUUCAAGCCCUUUGCAAUUUGGGAGUCCUUCAUAUGAUAAUCAUGGUUUGGUGGCAAAAAUGCAUCAGGAUAGGAGUUCAGAAUCUUUUCCUGCAUCUCCUUCUGCUGAUCUUUCUGCUGGUAAAUGUACCUCUGGAAGGCCAUUAGAGCAUGAAGUAGGAACAAGUAUGUUGGCAAAUGUAAACAACACGAAUCAGGGAGGAAUGCAGAGCAAUGCUUUGGAAACAAGUAUGCUUAGGAGUGCAACUAUCAGAGACACAGGAAAGUUACCUGUUGCCCAGCCUCCUGCUUCUGGGAACCCGUUUAAGGAACAUCAUUUAAAACAGCUUAGAGCACAGUGCCUUGUCUUUUUGGCUUUUAGGAAUGGUUUGAUGCCAAAGAAAGUUCAUCUUGAAUUUGCACUAGGGAAUGCCAUUCCUAAAGAAGAUGGAACUCGAAGGGAUCUGGUUGAUCAGAAAGGGAGGGAGCACUCUGUCAGGGAACAAAGUAAUGCUUCAGAAGCCACUAGGUCAUUUUUAACUGGCAGAGAAGUUGAGAGACUCGCUUCUGGCCCAUCAUCGUUGGGAAUUCCUGGUGAUGCAAACAUGUCAAAAGAAGCCGAGAACCAAAAUGUGAUGGAGGAUAGAGGUUGUCAGCUUUCCGUUUCUUCUGAACACGGGGAAGAUAGGAGGUGUCUGAGGAAGAUGAGAAAGAUUCCAGAGGGCGAAACAACAGUGCAAGAAGGAACUGGAUCACAGGCAUCUGCAUCUAGAUUAUUGCAUCCUGAAUCAAAUUCUUUAGGUGCAACUGAUCAUGAAGAUGCUUCUGCAAACAGUCACCAACUUGGAAUGCCUAACCAAGCUUCGUUUGUUCUGAAUGCGAGCAAGCAAAUUAAGCCUGAAUUGAAUAAUUGGAGUGGACCAGGAGGCCAGACUGAGACUUCUAGGAGUUUGGCAUCUGCCCCUACUAUUCUUCAUGAGUCAGGAUCACUAAUAAAAGAUGCCACAAAUCAGUCUCAAAACCCUGUUGAUUACAAUCAAGGAAUUCGACAAGCUGACAAUACUUUCCCUAAUUUUCCUGUAAGGCAGCAGUGGAAAUCUGUCUCAGUGGUUGAUAGCCAGUUUCCUAGUACUGUUGUGAGGAAUGCAGUACCAGCUCAAGAAGUAGAUGAGGAGGAGGAAGAUAUUUCUUUAUCCACAGAAAGGCUACCAUCUCCAAGACAUACAACAUUAGAGAAGUGGAUCCUCGAUCGACAGAAAAGGAAACUCCUUUCUGAGAGAAAAUGGGCUCUGAAACAACAGAAGACAGAAGAAAGAAUUUCUGCUUCUUCUUCGAAGCUGAAGGAAAGUGUUAGCUCCUCUGAGGAUAUCUCUGCAAAAACGAAAAGUGUAAUUGAAUUGAAAAAACUUCAAUUGCUGGAGCUACAACGCCGCCUGCGGAGGGACAUUUUGAAUGAUUUUUUCAAACCAAUUACUGCCGACAUGGAGCGCUUGAAGGCAAUUAAGAAAACUAGAAUAGGAAGAAGAUCUAAACAACUUGAAAGGUAUGAGCAGAAAAUGAAGGAAGAGCGUCAAAAGAGGAUUCGCGAGAGGCAGAAGGAAUUUUUCAGUGAGGUUGAAGUCCACAGGGAAAGACUGGAGGAUGUAUUCAAAAUGAAGAGAGAACGCUGGAAGGGUAUCAAUAGAUAUGUGAAAGAGUUCCACAAAAGAAAGGAACGGAUACAUCGUGAGAAGAUUGAUAGGAUCCAACGUGAGAAGAUAAAUCUUUUAAAAAUCAAUGACGUUGAAGGGUACCUUAGAAUGGUUCAGGAUGCAAAAUCAGAUCGUGUCAAACAAUUACUGAAGGAGACUGAGAAAUAUCUUCAAAAGCUUGGAUCAAAGUUAAAGGAGGCUAAGGGAAACACUGGGGUGGUAGUGGAGGAUGAAAUUGCUUUUGAUGAAGAAGAUGAAACAGACCAGGCCAAGCAUUAUUUGGAAAGCAAUGAGAAAUACUAUAUGAUGGCCCACAGUGUUAAAGAGAAUAUAGCAGGGCAGCCGACUUGUCUUGUAGGAGGAAAAUUAAGAGAGUACCAAAUGAAUGGCCUGCGGUGGUUAGUUUCACUUUAUAAUAAUCAUCUCAAUGGGAUUUUAGCUGAUGAAAUGGGCCUCGGUAAAACAGUCCAGGUUAUUUCUUUAAUCUGUUACCUAAUGGAAACAAAAAAUGAUCGAGGUCCCUUUUUGGUGGUUGUGCCGUCCUCUGUCCUACCUGGUUGGGUAUCAGAAAUAAACUUCUGGGCACCUAGCAUCAAUAAAAUAAUUUACUCGGGACCACCCGAAGAGAGACGAAGGCUUUUCAAGGAGAGGAUUGUUCAGCAGAAAUUUAAUGUUUUAUUAACAACAUACGAGUAUUUAAUGAAUAAGCAUGACAGACCGAAGCUAAGUAAAAUACAAUGGCACUACGUUAUAAUUGAUGAAGGACAUCGCAUAAAAAAUGCUUCGUGCAAGUUAAAUGCUGAUUUGAAGCACUAUCGCAGUAAUCACAGAUUGCUGUUGACAGGAACACCUUUGCAGAACAAUCUUGAGGAGCUAUGGGCACUGCUCAAUUUUCUCUUGCCAAAUAUUUUCAAUUCUUCAGAAGAUUUCUCUCAAUGGUUCAAUAAACCAUUUGAGGGUAAUGGUGACAACUCUCCUGAUGAAGCUUUACUCUCUGAGGAAGAGAACCUUUUGAUCAUAAAUCGUCUUCACCAAGUUCUGCGACCAUUUGUGCUUCGAAGAUUAAAACACAAGGUUGAGAAUCAAUUGCCUGAGAAGAUUGAGAGACUUGUUAGAUGUGAGGCUUCUGCAUAUCAAAAAUUGUUGAUGAAGAGGGUUGAAGACAAUCUUGGUGCAAUUGGAACUUCAAAGGCUCGAUCUGUUCACAAUUCUGUGAUGGAGCUCCGUAAUAUAUGCAAUCAUCCAUAUCUUAGUCAACUUCAUGUAGAGGAGGUUCAUGAGUUUAUUCCAAAGCAUUACUUGCCAUAUGUGGUGAGACUUUGUGGGAAGCUUGAGGUGUUAGAUAGACUACUGCCGAAGCUGAAGGCCACAGAUCAUCGGGUCUUGCUGUUCUCAACAAUGACUAGACUUCUUGAUGUGAUGGAGGAGUAUCUCUACUGGAAACAGUAUAAGUACCUUCGCUUGGAUGGACAUACAUCCGGGGGUGAGCGAGGAGCCCUUAUUGAAAAGUUCAAUGACCCUAAUUCUCCAUAUUUUAUAUUUUUGCUAAGUAUCCGGGCUGGGGGUGUUGGAGUGAAUCUUCAAGCUGCUGAUACAGUGAUAAUUUUUGACACCGAUUGGAAUCCACAGGUUGAUUUGCAAGCACAGGCAAGGGCUCAUAGGAUAGGACAAAAGAAGGACGUUCUUGUUCUUCGAUUAGAAACAGUGCAAACAGUGGAGGAACAAGUAAGAGCUGCUGCAGAGCACAAACUUGGAGUCGCUAAUCAGAGCAUUACUGCAGGCUUCUUUGACAAUAACACAAGUGCGGAGGAUCGAAGAGAAUACUUGGAGUCCCUCCUCCGGGAAAGCAAAAAAGAGGAAGCUGCACCUGUGCUAAAUGAUGAUGCUCUAAAUGAUCUUAUUGCACGCAGUGAGUCAGAAAUCGAUGUGUUUGAAUCAAUUGACAAAAGGAGGCAAGAAGAAGAGAUGGUAGUAUGGAAGAAAUUGUGUUCAGAAAAGGGGGCAGAAAAUUCUGAGUCUGUUCCUCCUUUGCCUUCUCGACUUUUGACAGAGGAAGACUUAAAACCAUUCUAUGAAGCGAUGAAAAUAUCUGAUGAUACACCAACUGUGAUACCAAGUACUGGGGUAAAGCGGAAGGGUCAGUAUCUUGGAGGUCUUGAUACCCAACAUUAUGGACGUGGAAAAAGAGCUAGAGAGGUGCGCUCCUAUGAAGAGCAAUGGACGGAGGAGGAAUUUGAAAAAAUGUGUCUUGCUGAGUCUCCUGAAUCCCCAGUUGCAAAAGACGAAAUGUCAGAAAAGAAAUUGCCCGCAAGUAGUAGCUCUACCGUGGCCAAUGCUGAAGAGCAAGUUCUACCAUCCAUCCAGUCUUCGGAACAGACUCCAGUACCUAUUGUUCAACACAGCACAGAGGUUACCCCACCUUCUAAACGUGGCCGUGGGAGGCCAAAAAGAACAGUGCCAGUUGCUAAUGUUUCUCCGCCACCUAUUACAGUACCUGCAACCAAGGAAAGUGAUGAGGUGAUUACAGGGUCCAAUAUACAAAAUGCUUCUAGCUGUCCAGUGACUCUUGCUCCUCGUCCAGAGUCUAUGCCUGGUUCUUCUGUGGAAGGUGUGACUGGAACCAUCCAACAGAAUACUACUACAUGCAUUACUCCUACUUCUCAGUCCAUUUCUCUUCCAGCUGUUCCUGCUGUACCUCAGCCAAACCCCCCUGGUCAUCCCACCUCUGGUCGAGGCAGGGGACGUGGUCAAGGGCGAGGUCGAAAAUCUCAAAUUGGAGAAGCCCCAAGGCGCCGGGGUAAAAAACAGAAUACAAUUAUACAAACUGUUCCUGUUUGUCAAGGCAAUCCUGACACUGUAACACAAACAGUGAAUGCUUCAAGUUCCUCCAGAACUAAUGAUCAAGAUCCAGUUCCCCAUUCUACCACUGAGAUGGAAACUGGUAAGGGACAAAGUUCAGUAUCACCUGCUCCGCCUGCAUCUGUUAGCAAGGAACCAACUAUUGUUUCGGGUCUUCCUGUUGUUGCACCAUCUUCGACAAGCAAGGAGCUGAAUUCUGUUUCACCCGUUCCUCUGGCUUUGGCUUCUACUGGCAAGGAUGAAAACUCAGUUUCACCUGCUCCUGUUUUUGCAUCUUCUGCCAGUAAAGAAUCAAGUUCACAUUCAGCUGUUCCAGUUAUUUCAUCUUCCCCUGCAGCAAGCAAUUCUAGAACAGGUUCCGAGAGAGCACCAAUUACUCCCUCUCCAUCGGUUCUUGGUUCUGUUUCUUCAGAUAAUUCUUCCACCAUGGGGGUUGUCGGUAAGCAAGAUUCUGGUAAUCAGCUAGCUCUUACUUCUGGACCAGCAGCACCAAUGCCUAUAACAAAUACAGUUCUUCAUGCUUCUGCUCCUACACCUGCCCCCAAGCAAGGUAGAGGACGUGGGCGAAAACCUCAGACAGGAGGGGAGGCCCCUAGGCGAAGGGGAAAGAGACAGGAUUUGGCUACAAAUGUUGGUUCUGAAGUAUCAGCUAAUCAGAUUUUAGAAUUAAAUGAACCCCCACAUAAGAAGUCCAGGGUGUCUGUUGGGAGGAAGCCCACCACCCGAAGCAAUCCGGAAACUGAAGCUUCACUGCAGACAAAUUUGCUCAAUCCUGUUACAUCUCGAAUAACUAAAGAUCUUGGUAGCAAAGAAAUCUCUAAUUCUAAGCACAGUAGGGAAGUUGAGGAACAAAGUGCUGUCAAGCUAGAUCCAUCUCAAACUCAUGAUGCCAAAGUGAAUGAUGAUAUGAGUACAAGAAAAGAGCUCCAUUCUGAGUCUCAAGUAUUGGAAAGAGAAACAGAUGAGAAUCUGAGAGGUGAAGAAAAUAAAAGUGAGUCAAGGAAUGAUAUUAGUGGAAAUGUAUCAAAAGUUGCAUCUGAAAGUUGUUCAAAUGCUGUUCAAAGUGCCGAAAUUAAGCAUGAUUCCGUGUUGAUGAAGGAUGGAGUUCCUCAGCAGAUUGAAAGUCAAAAUUCUCUUAGGGUUGAGUUAGGCAGUUCCAAAUCUGGAACAGAAACUGAUAGUUCUAAGAUAAAUGUUGGUAAGAAGGCCAUACAGACUGCAUCAAUUUUAGAAUCAACUGCUGUGGUUGGCAAGUCUGCGAAAGAAAAAUGUGAGGGCCAUUCUGGGAAUAAAGAUGAUGAAAAGGAAGAACAGAGACUGACAAGUGUAGUCGGCCCUCAGGCAUCUUCUCAAAGCAAUGCUGAACCUGCAACUAUACAUACUCACAAAACUGAAGUUGAUACAAUUGCAGUAGUGGAGAAGGAUGUCUCAUCUAAACCUAAAUCAAGAAAGUCUCAAAAGAUUAAAAGAGGGAGUAGCACUUCUUUUUGUGUCUCGGCCAAUCCCUCUAUUGAGGUUAACAAGGUGGAAAUCACGACAGAAACUCUUGUUACAGCUUCAGGUUCUGAAUCUAUUAUUCCUGAUGAUCUAGAUCAGAAAGGAGAUAGCAAAAUGCCCGUAGGCAAGACUAGUGCUACAAAUGGGGCUCUUGGACUGAAGCCUGAGUCUAUUGUUUGUUCAAGUUUGCAGAAUAAGUCCUCAGCUUCUAAAACUCCAGGGGAAGUAGAUCCUGUUUUGGAAUGUAAUCUUGAUAUGUUGGAUGGGGAUAAAAGUGACACUAGCAAAAUAGAGAGUGACAAUCAUUUGGCAAAUAACUCCAUUGAUUCAAAACCUGAAGUGACUGAGGAUGAAAAUAAUCCUGAUAAAGUGGAUAGAAAAGAACUGGACCAAGAAGAUCCUGUUCUGGAGGUGGCUCCUAUCUCAAAGCCAAAGGGGACUGACAAUCUGGACGGCAUGACAUCCUCCAUUUUACCAUCUUCUGAGGCAGAUGUUCUUGUUAGUGUAUCUCCACAAACAGAAUUGGUGAUUCAAUCUUCAGUACAGUCAGAUGUAGGACAGGGAAUGGGUUCUCUCACAAAUGAUUCUUUAGCACAAGUUUGCAAGGUGCCUGAGCCAAAACCUAUUGCAGAUUCAAGUGGCAUUGAGAAGGUACAAACUCCAACUAUGCAAACUAGUGAACUGCAGUCUGAGAGGCAAACCGCAGUUGCCAAGUCCCUCUCAGAUAAGUCUGACAAUGAUCAUGAUGUGCAAGCUCCAGAGAUAAAAAAUGAUGUUUCUGAAGAUGGGGCAAACCCAGAAACUAAUGAAUCACAACCUAGUCCAACUUUGCAUACUAGCGAAUCUCAUUCAGAGAUGCAAGUUACUGUUGCUGGAUGCCCAGUAGAGAAUUCUGAAAGGGAUCAUACUGCACAAGCUCAGGAGAUUGAAAAUAAUGUUGACAUGGAAUCUCAACCCUGUCAAAAUUUACAAACUAGUGCUUGUCAAUCAAGGCCACAAACUACUGUUGCUGAAUCCCCCAUAGAUAAGUCUGAUAAAGAUCAUUGUGCACAAGCUCAGGAAACCCAAAAUGAUGUCUGUGAAGAUGCAAUGACCCAAGAAAGAAAUGUCUCCCAAAUUGGAACAGAUGAUAAGGGGAACAUUUCUAAUGCUGAUGAUGCUUUGCUUCAUCUUCCUGUGGUCUGUGAAUCUGAAACUAAAUCAGCUGUUGAAUCAUUUGAAGUUUCUUUAAAUCCAUGUAACAUUGAAAAAAAUACAUCUUUGGCUGUGCAAGGCUCUGAAAGUUUAGAGCCUGCAAGAAUAGAGCCACAGUGUGAGUCUGACAAAGAUUUGGUUGCUGAAAUUGAGGAGAGGAAGAUUUCAGAUGUAGCCAAUUCAAACCAGGUUUUGAAGGAAAACAUUGAAAGAAUUCCUAAUGAGGUAGCCACUUCAGACGAUACAUCUCAACCUUGUGUUAUGGAAGACAUGGAACGAGUUUCUAAUGAGGGGGCCACUUCGGACAAUGUUACAGUUGAACCCCCAGUUGAAUCCCAAAAUAGCCAAGGGUCCAAAAUGGCUAAACAUGAGGUGAUAUCUGAAUUGAGUGAAACUCAAUACAAUCCUGCCUCUGCAACAUCAGAAAAUGAGGCUGAAGUCCAUUGCUCUACAGAGAACCAAAGCAAGAUAAACACUGAUGUAAUUUUGGGGGAUAUUAAAUUUGUUGAUCCUAAAAGUUCUUCUGUGGAUGACCAUGCAGUAGAUGAACCAGAGAGCAAAAAGUCUGAUGCAAAUAAAGAAUUGCUUUUGUCUGCAGAGAACCAAAUGGAGAUAAACGCUGAGGUAAUUUCUGGGGAUAUUCAAGGUGUUGAGCCAAAAUUUUCUUCAGUGGAAGGCCUUGCAAUAGAUGUACCACAGAGCCAAAUUUCUGAUGCAAAUGAAGGUAUUUCAAAGCCUGAAGUAAAUGAAGGUGAACAUGCUACUGCUUUUGAGGCAUCUAAAAAUGACUCAGAAAUAGAGUGCAUCUCUGAUGAUUUAGGAACAGUAACUUCUAAAGAGGCUACUUCAAUUGGAAUUGUUGGGGCAGGAGAGAAGUUGGAGGUAAAUGAUGAUACUUCAUACCCAUUACCUGGUGAAUCUAAAUGUAGUGCUGCUCCUAGGGCAUCUGAAGAGGACUCUGAAGCACAACUGAUCUCUGAGAAUCUGGAGAUAGUUGAAGUUAGAGUUGUGACAGCAGCAGAAAAGUCUGAGAAUCCCUGUGGGGAGGAUUCUGCAGUUCAAGUACAAGAGAACCAAAGAUCAGAUAAAACUAAUGAUAUUUCAAAUUCUGAAAUUAGUGAUCCUGAACAAUAUAUUGCUGCUGAGGCAUCUCAAACAAAGCAGAUCGCUGAGAAUGUGGAAACUGGACGUGUUAGGCAGGCUACUUCAGUUGACUCUGGAUUUGUAGCAGCAGCAGGAAACUCUGAGAAUCCAUGCGGGGUAAAUUUUACCAAUGAAGUACAAGAUAACCAAAUUUCUGAUGGAAAUAAGAAUGUUUCAAAAAUUGAAAUUAGUGAACCUAGUAUUGCUGCUGGGGAUUCAGAAAUUGUAUUUGAAAUGAAGCAGAUCUCUGAGAAUGUGGCAACAGAAGCUGUUAGGGAGGGUACUUCAGUUGAAGUAACUGCAGAGGAGAAAUCUGAGAAUUCAUGUCAGGAAGAUCUAGUGCCUAAAGUGCAAGUGGAGCAGGACAUUGAUGGUAAUGAACAUAUUUCUGAUCCUGAAGCUGUUGAAUCUUCAAUGUAUACUGUUGCUGAGGCAUCUGAAGUUAUGACAGAAAUGGAAUAUACAUCUGAGAAAUUGGAAGCAGAAACUGCAAAGGAGACUACUUCAGUUGAUUUUGCAUUUAUAGCGGCAGAGAAUUCUGAGAAUCAAAUUGGGGAAGACAUUUUGGUUGAGGAACAGGUAGUCAAUAACAAAAAUAAAGAUAAUUUGAACCCUACUGAACCUGAACCUUGUAGUGCCACUCAGGCUUCAGAAGUUGAAUCCAAAAUGAAGCAGAUCUUGGAGACUGUGGAAACAGAAACAAUUUUAGAUGAUACUUCAGUUGAAGAUGUCACUUUAGCAGCAGCAGAAAAUUCUCAGAUGAUAUCUGAGAACAUGGGUAUAGAAACUGUUAGGCAGUCUACUUCAGUUGACUAUGCAGUUGUAAAAGAAGCAGGUAAUUUUGAGGAUCCAUGUGGGGAAGUACUGAGGAACCAGGUAUCUGAUGAAAAUAAAGGUACAUCAAACACUGGAAUUGCUGAACCUGAACCUAGUACUGCUUUUGGGGCAUCGGAAACUCAUUCUGAAAUGAAGCUGAUCUUUGAGAUUGUGGAAACAGAAACCGUUAAGGAGGAUAUUUCUGUUGAAGUUGGUGCCUUGGCAACAGAAGAAAAUUCUGAGAUGAUCUCUCAUAACACAGAAAAAGAGAUUGCUGGGGAGGUUUCCUCUGUUGAUGGUGGAGCUUUGGCAGGAACAGAAAUUUCUGAAAAUCCAUCUCAGAAAGAUUUUAUGGUUGAAGUACAAGAGAAUAAAAAAUCGGAUGGAAGGGGUCAUGAACCUACAACUGUAGCAUCUUGUAAUGAGGUGGAAAUCAAGCAGAUUCCUCAGAACUCUGAAAUGGUUACUGCUAAGGCUGUUACGUUACUUGAAGCUGAAGUUGUUGAAGUUCCAAAUGAGAACUUGGAAAAAAUUCCUGAAGACUCUGCAGUUGAAGUCCAAGAAAAAUUUUACGAUGCAAUUGAAGAUGUUUCCAAUCUUGAAAGUAACAAAGACCAAAACAGUCCAGUUGGAACGUCUGGAACUAAAGAUGAUUUUAUUCAGAUGGCUGUUGAAACUUCAGAAACAGUUACUUACAAGGAGACAGUUUCGGAUAUUUCUUUGGCUACAGAUCUCAAGGGAGAUAUUUCAUUUGAAAAGCCUGUUGAUGGCUCUCAUGGGAUUCCUUGUAUUAACGAUGAUCCAAUUGUAGAAUCAGAAGUAGGAGACUGCUCCACUGCUGCUGAUGAAGGUUUGCCAUCUGCUCUGGAGGGUGAUGAUAAAGACUUAUCCCAUCAAUGACUGAUUUUUAUCUCCUCACGUUUUGUCAUUUGAGAUGGAUAUCAUCCAGCAAGAGCUCAAGUAGAUAUCAAUCUUACAGUUAGAAUAAUUUUGCAAGGAUGUGGAUAGAUGAUUAGAUAUGGAUGCUUAUGUUUUGGAGCUACCUAAUUGCUUCUAGAUCCUAAGAAUUAGAUAGAAUGACCAAAGUAUGUGUAACUUUUAUGUAUUAUCUGUAAAAUAGUGGUGUAAUUAUACAACUUCCAGACACAAAUGCCAGCGAAGCCUUUGUACCAACAAAUAGCAUUAUUAACUUAUUGGUAUCAAAUGGGAGCUUUGCUUCUCUAGUCAUGACUCCUUGUGUCUGAUGAGAUUGGCUUAUUGACAGUUAAUUCUGAACUAGCUGUUUUAAAGUAUAUCCUCCGAUUGGACUUA